GCUGGAAUCACCCGUCCGUUACAGCGCAUCGGUUUUCUCCGGGUGAGGGCUCUGCCUGCCUCUGCUCUGCUGCUGUCUGUGCUCCCGUCACGGCUCAUCCACAGACUGAGACUGGCCCAUCAAAUAACGUUAUCCAUGCUCUGCUCUCUUCUAAUUUACUCACCGACGCGCGUGUCCAAGACUCUGUACUGAUUCCACCAUUCAUAGCCUCUAGUUCGCCAUGGCGACGGUAGUGAUGGAGCAGAUCGGACGGCUGUUCAUCAAUGCUCAGCAGCUGCGACAGAUCCCUCAGCUGCUUGAGUCGGCCUUCCCGACGCUGCCUUGCACCGUGAAGGUGACCGACGUUCCCAGGGUGUUCCAGGAACGCCACAUCCUCACCGGCUACAGGCAAACGGACCAAAGCUGGCGUUACUACUUCCUCACCCUCUUCCAGCGGCACAACGAGACCCUCAACGUGUGGACCCACCUGCUGGCCGCCCUCAUCAUCCUGGUGAAGUGUCAGGAGAUCUCAGAGACUGUGGAUUUCCUUCGUGACCCUCAUGCCCAGCCCCUCUUCAUCGUCCUCCUGGCAGCCUUCACCUACCUCUCCUUCAGUGCUCUUGCUCACCUCCUCUCUGCCAAGUCGGAGCAGUCCUACUACACCUUCUACUUCCUCGACUACGUCGGGGUUUCUGUCUACCAGUACGGGAGUGCUCUGGCACACUACUACUACGCAAUAGAGAGUGAGCUGCACACCAUCGUGCAGGGCUUCUUCCUACACACUGCAGCGUUCCUGGCGUGGCUCACUUGCUUUGGGUGCUGCUAUGGCAAGUACGCCAGGCACGACAUGCCCAAGUUCGCUCACAAGGUGUUCCAGGUGGUGCCCUCCGCCUUGGCGUACUGUUUAGACAUAAGCCCCGUUGUUCAUCGCAUCUACAGCUGCUACCGGGACGGCUGCUCCGACCCCAUCGUGCCGUACCACAUCUACCACGUGCUCUUCUUCCUGGUCAGCUCCUACUUCUUCUGCUGCCCGCACCCAGAGAGCUUGUUUCCCGGAAAGUGCGAUUUCAUCGGGCAGGGUCACCAGAUCUUCCACGUGUUGGUGGUGGGAUGCACCCUGCUGCAGAUCGAAGCCCUGCGAACAGACUUCAUGGAGCGCCGCCCUUUCUACGAGCGUCUCCACGGAGACCUCGCUCACGACGCCGUCGCCCUCUUCAUCUUCACCACCUGCUGCAGCGCCCUCACUGCUUUUUAUGUGCGCAAGCGUGUACGUGCCUCUCUGCAGGAGAAGAAGGAGUGAGACCGUUCUAAAAACCCAAGAACUUAUUUUACUCUGUAGUGAUGAUUUUAAAAGAUUAAUAUGUUUUUGUCUUUGAACAAUAUUGCUUUGUGACAGUGACUUAUGCUUUUGUCUUCUCCGAGAUCUGCCAAAAUCCAGUGAUGUGAAGUGACUGAGGACGUGUUUUUGUGACUUAAGUGAAGGGAAUCAGGAACGCGUUGGCGGUACUGCUCCCAUAGCAACCGUUUCACUUAGUUUACACGGUUGCUUUUGGUGUUGAUUUAAAGGAAUGUUUUGCUUUUACAUUUUUUCCAGGUGAGCAGAGAAAGUUUGUAAAAAUGCCUUCUUAAUCGUCUCUUAGAAAAAAAUCUGCCUGUUUGGAUCGAGUUGUAGCAUUUUUGCGUUAUGCAAGCGUUUACGGAAGCGGUUAGGUUGGAGUCUAAUCGCUCCUGUCCGACGCUACGUUAUUCUCCUUGCCUUUAGGUACCACAGCAGGGAUUAUUUCAUUUAUUAAAAUAUUCACACGGAGCUGUGCUAAUAUUUCAAUCCCUAAAAAGAGCAUUUAGAAACUAAUAUUCAAACCAAAUAUUAUAUAAAGUGAAUGAAGUUUUAGGUUUGUUGAAAAUGAGUCUGGUACUCUAUUGGUAAAAGGUUUGGGGCAACAUUACUGAAGUUUUUUCUUUACAAUAGCGUAUUAUUGUAGGCCUAAGUCUAACAAACGGAGCUGGAAAAGAGGAAAAGUCCCGAGAAAACCAUAGAAAUCCACACAUACGUCAUAUUUACAUGAAAAACCUCAUUUUGACUCGUUUUUCACGUUUCAUAUAAUUUGAUCGUAUUUCUAAACACCGUUCUUGUAAAUUGAUGUUUUUUUCUUACAAAUUUAAGACAGAAUAUGACGUUUUCUCAACAUUAAUACGUAAUAUUUAAAUUUGCCUUAACGCUGCGCUUCCUUCAUUCAUUUGUAACUACCCGGCCCCAGUUCGCCGUAGUUCUUCUGUUAAACAAAAAUGAUUCCUUUAAAACCGGAGGGCUGAAACGUCAGCCUCCGCCUCACACCCCGUGAUGUUCGUGCGUUUUUGCGUGCAUGUUUUCAUGGUGGGCGAUGAGAGACGAGUCGCUAAAGUCAAGUCUGGGUGUGUUGCUGCUUCUCGGGUGUUUUUGUACGGUUUCUGUGCCUCUACGCAUGUGGAUGUUAAAUGUGUGAAUGUCAACGAACGCCUGCACCUGCUGUAAACACGUCGUCUUUCUCUAGAAGGUUCCACCUCGCGAGUUUCUAGCUAGAUACGCGGUACAUUCCUGUUUGUAUGAGACAUUUCUUCCUCCAUACGACUGCACUUACUCUGAAGAACCUUUGUUUUGUGUCUUUGAGUUUUCUCAUGAAACCAUCACUCGUGAAUUUCUUUCAAAUGUCACUUUGAUUGUUUUCGUUUUGAAAUCACAGAACGUGAAAUUUGAGAACUGAAGAAUUUUCAUGACCUCACUGUCUUCUGUUUAAUGUGCCAAUGAAUCUGUUUUUACUUCAGUGAUGGUACUGCUGGGAGGAGAACGGAGACAGCCUGUUACGAGUGAGAUUUGGGCAGAGCAUGAACUACGUAACGUUCCUUUUUGGUAUUCUGACCUGCUCUCUUUAUGCACUACCUGAGUCAACACUGUACAUACUCUUACUGUUACCGACUAUGUUUACACGCACGAGAAAGCCGAUCCUGUCGGGCUGGCUUUGAGUGGAAACGGAAGCUCAGAGGAGCUUUUGAAGAUGUGAAAUAAGAAGGUGUCAUUAUAGGCAAAUGAUUUCCAGUUGGUAAAUGAUGUCUUUAAUGCCGUCGCCAGCCUCGUUUGUACAGUAACAGAUAAAGUUAUUGUGUUGAAGAUGACCAAAGCUUUUAGUCUGGGGUAUUAAAAGUGGUGGUUUGAGUAGAACCGGGGAAAUUCUCCCAUUUUAUAAAACGUGUUUUUAAGAGAAAUGAUGCUCAGAGUUAAGUGAUGAUUGUGUGUAAACAUAGCCUAGUUAAACAACAAGUUUGUGUGCUAUUGUUUGAGAUGAAGCAGGGUCUGAGGUAUCAGAAUGUCAUCUGUCUCAAUAUCUGUAACUGACUGUACUGAUAUCUGUGGUAUUUAAGGAAAUAAAAGUGUUACUGUAACUAAAACCGA